AGAUUAAAAAAAUAACACAGUCUACCCAUAGAUUAACAUGGAUGACAGCAGCUAGCUACCAAGUUAUCUGUAACGUUGGACCUUCAAAACAUUUAAGUAACAAUAGACACGCUUUUUGGGGUUUUCAAAGCUACUUUAAAAUAAGUGCCUCGCGUCUUUGCGAGUCAGGAUCUGGAUCACACAGCUAGCUAGCUAUUAGCUACCUGGACCAGCUGAUUUCCGCAGCUGAACUCUCCGUAGUUCAGGGUGUUGAGUUGGUCUGUUUAACUUGAAGAAUUUAUUGAUGUGAGGUUGAGUUUCCAUGCUGUCAGAGAUGUUUUAUGUAACUCGCUGCGGAUGAGACGUUAUUCGAGCCCUCCAUUAUUAUGGAAAUGUCACUAUCCAACUCCAGCGACUGGGUUUGGUAAACAGACGGUUUACUAAAUACAGUAGAUAAGGAUUGCAAGUCAUCAGAUCAGCGAACUUCAGAGAAAAGCUUCAGUGAAGACCACCGAUCAUCUGACCAUACGAACCUCACGACAACAGCCCAGUGACACGAAGUUUGAACUGAAAACAUGGAUUUCAAUAAGGGGACUUCAAUACUCACAUCAAAUAAUCUACUUCUCGUUCAGUGUAAAUAGCAGUUUUUUGUCCUCCGACUGGCUUCGACUCUGUUCAACUAAAAAGGGGAACCAUGAACUGCCUGUCCUUUAGCGAGCUAUGCUGCCUCUUCUGCUGCCCGCCCUGUCCCGGCCGCAUUGCCGCCAAGCUUGCCUUCCUGCCCCCAGAGCCCACCUACUCCCUGCUCCCAGACCCGGAGGCCCCCCCCAGCACCAGGCCCCGGGGGGCUGGGGGUCCAGGGGAGGGCCGCUGGAAGCUGCAGCUUUCAGAGAGAGCAGAGUUCCAGUACUCCCAGAGGGAGCUGGACACCACAGACGUGUUCCUCACGCGCUCCUCCAGAGGGAACCAGGUCUGCUGCAUGUACAUCCGCUGUGCCCCCAACGCCAGGUACACAGUCCUGUUCUCUCACGGGAACGCUGUGGACCUGGGUCAGAUGAGCAGCUUCUACCUGGGCCUGGGCUCCAGGAUCAACUGCAACAUUUUCUCCUAUGACUACUCCGGCUACGGCGCCAGCAGCGGGAAGCCGUCCGAGAAGAACCUGUACGCUGACAUAGACACUGCCUGGCACGCCCUGCGCACACGCUAUGGCAUCAGUCCAGAGAGCGUCAUCCUGUACGGUCAGAGCAUCGGCACGGUGCCCACGGUGGACCUGGCGUCCCGCUACGAGUGUGCUGCCGUCAUCCUGCACUCGGCCCUCACCUCCGGCAUGAGGGUGGCCUUCCCCGAAACCAGCAAGACCUACUGCUUUGACGCCUUCCCCAAUAUAGAGAAGGUCUCCAGGAUCCCCUCCCCCGUCCUCAUCAUCCACGGGACGGAGGACGAGGUCAUCGACUUUUCCCACGGCCUGGCGCUGUAUGAGCGCUGCCCCUCCGCCGUGGAGCCGCUCUGGGUGGAGGGGGCGGGGCACAACGACAUUGAGCUCUACAGCCAGUACCUGGAGCGCCUGAGACGCUUCAUAGGACAAGAGCUGGGCCAACACACCUAGGGGUCUUUCUCUCUCUGUCUCUCUCUCUCUGUCUCUCCCUGUCUCUCUCUCUGUCUCUCCCUGUCUCUCUCCCUCUCUGGUAUGUGUUGUACAGACAGCUGAUAAGUAGCUAACUGACCUGUGAGGUGAAUUAUGGGCUGGAUAUCAUGUUAAUCAUGUGGCCGUAGCAACCAAAACAAGGAAGGCCCUGUGUUCUGACUCCUUCAGACCCCCCCCCUCCUCCAGACUUUCGUUCUACGUUGUCUUCAGACAUCUGUGUUUUUUUUGUUUAAUUUGAUCCAGUUAUUAAUUAUUAUUGAAUUGUUGUGAACUUCCUCUUUUUAGUUUUUUUCCAAGAAUGUACAAAUAUAUUAGAAAAUAAAGUCAUAAAUUGAUAAAACAUGGUUCCCUGUUGUGU